AUGACCAAGGAAUCAGACGAAGAAAAGCACAUGCUCUCAACCGGGCACAACGAGCCCAGGGACGAGGAGCCAACAACAUCAAGACGACCCGACACCUCAGAGAUAUUUCCACCCCCACCCGACUAUCCGGGCUAUAACAACAACAAUGACGGCAACAACCCAUCGUGCCCGAACGAAAAAGAUGCCGGUAAACCGGCGCUGUGUCCACUCGAGAGGCGCAUCAAGAGCGCCGAUUUCUACACCACAAUACGCUGGCUCGAUAGCAUAGUUCUUACCGGGUUGACCAUCUACAUCGCGUCGCGAGGGACGGGUCACCAGACGGCGUGGAUGGUGUUUCCGUAUUCUCUUUUUUGUCUCGGGGUGGCCCUCAUCCACCUCCCAUGCAUAUUCUGGUACUGCAUCACCCCCGAAGAGCCCAACCAAGCAGCAUCAGCGAGAGGAAGAGGAGGAGACGACACCAACCCCGACGCCGACUCCGACACCACAGCCCUCACCGGACCCUCCUCCUCUUCCCAAAACCAACCUCACUCGCGGCCCGAACACAUCACCCGCCUCCCCAACGACCGAGUCCUCCAAGGCCUGCAACCCACCCGACCGUAUCGCGUUUUUCUUUUGGCUUCAACCUUGCUCUGGUUGGGGGUGUUCGCCUGGGGUCUUGCCAUCCUUGUGUUGACACACCCGUUUUAUAAUGAUCGAGAUACGAACCAGAAGAUGGUGUCGUGUGGAAAGAGCAGGCGGAAGAAGUGUUAUCCGUUUACGGUGGAGGGGAUGCUGUAUAAUCUUACGGUGGUGGUUUUUGUUUUUGGGGGUUUGGGGGUGGCAUCCGCAUUGGCGCAAUGCUAUCACGUUCUACGUCUCCGGCAGCUCAAGUACUCGGAACGGGAGCUGGCGUAUGUGCGUCUGCCCGAGGCCAGGAGGCGGCCGCGGUAUCUUUUGUAA